AUGCGGCAAAUUGCCGCCUGUUUCCUUACUUACUCGCGCGCAAGCCCAAUAUUGGUUUUUGAUGGGAUAUACGUCAAAGACCCCCGGCUCGCCGGCCAGGAGGAUUCCCUCCUGGUCGACGAGGUUGUACAGGUCGACGAGGUUGUACAACCUCGCCAGCCAGGAGGGAAUCUGGUCGACGAGGUUGUAAAACCUCGCCGGCCAGGAAAUAAUCUGGUCGACGAGGUUGUAAAACCUCGCCGGCCAGGAAAUAAUCUGGUCGACGAGGUUGUAAAACCUCGCCGGCCAGGAAAUAAUCUGGUCGACGAGGUUGUACAACCUCGCCGGCCAGGAGGGAAUCUGGUCGACGAGGUUUUAAAACCUCGCCGGCCAGGAAAUAAUCUGGGUCAACAAGGUUGUACAACCUCGUCAACCAGAUUCCCUCCUGGUCAUGGCCGGCGAGGUCCGCUGGCGUGUUCCUGCACACACCAGCCAACAGGGUGGAUCUCUGGCGUGUUCAGGGACACGCCAGGAUCCGCAAGGCGUGCCCGGCCCAAGAUGACCCAAUUAAAUGUUGGGUCUACUCGGGCUGCCCUUUGGGCGCCCAGCUUAGCUUAUCCCAAGGUCCGAACCAACCCCGGUUCCUACUCCAUCUGCAAGCCAGUUGCUCAAGCCCACCUAGCGAUCUCCUCUCCGAUGUUUCACACGGUCCAUGGAUUCACGGCUGAACAAAUUGAAUCCGAACGACACUUCCAGGCCAUGCUGGCGAACCCGGAAUUCAAGACACUUAACAUUAAUGCAGAAUACCGGUUAUGA